AUCGUGAAAAAAUUGUUGCCCUGCCUGUGAUUCUGAAUUUGUAUUUUUAAAAAAGAUUAAUUGAUUGUAUUAUAAACUAGGAACUAAGAUUUGCAUUACUCCACAAAAUGAAUCAAGCUGAUGUCUCAAAGUUAGUUUCUAAGCUUCGCAUUAGAGUUCCUGCGGAACCUAGGAAACUUAGGAAUAUAAAAGGCCCAGAAGGUAGGAUAGACAAAUUACGUAAAACAGUAACAGGAUUAAUUAAAUACGAAAGAAUAGAGCUAAAUAGCAAUCGAGGUCAAGAGGCUCGUCAAUAUGCUGAAAGGUUGAUUUCUGAAGCAAUCCGCCACGGUGACUGUCACAAACCAACUAUGGACAUAGCAGAUUAUUGGCUACUAGAAAAGGAACUGAUACAUAAACUAUUUAAAGUGUUAGUGCCUCGAUUUCAAGAUAGUAACACAUGUUACACAAGGUUGUUGAAUGCUCCGAGAAUCAUUCACUCUCGGAACCCAGAUAAAGUGAUUCUCGAGUUGAAGGGUAACCCUUACCCCGUGCUAGGCAGCAAUAAAAUGAAUAAUAGGUUCCUCAUACAGAAUGUCCUUCUUGAUGCAGCUAAAUACGACUAUCGCCAAGCAAAGUAUGCAGAGUUUGCUAAAAAGAUAGUAAAUAAAGAAGAAAAGAUUGAUACUACAGAAACCGAAGCACCAUCCAUAGAAAAACAGCAAUCAGAUGAUAAAUUAACACAAAGUUAAAACAACAUAUUUUGUUAACUUUAGUUUAACACAGGC